AGCAUGGCAGGCGGCUGGGCCACAGCGCUGGCCUUGGGGCUCUGCCUCACUGCAACGCACUGGGGAGGCUGCCACCCCCCUGGCGUGGCCACGGCCCCCCAGAGCACAGCUGUGCUGCGGGACAACUUCCGCCUGCAGCCGGGUGAUUUGGUGGCCAUGGCCGGCCAAGUGCUGGAGCUGGACUGUGUGCCCCCCUCGGGUCACCCCGAGCCCCGUGUCACCUGGAAGAAGGAUGGGGUGACCUUGGACCUGGCGGGUGGCCGCUACGUGGUCACCAAGGGGAAGCUGAAGGUGGCCCCGGCACGACGCAGCGACUCCGGGCUCUACGUCUGCGUGGCAGCCAACGCGGCAGGCGAGAGGCAGAGCCGUGGUGCCCAUGUCUCCGUCCUGGAGAAGCCGACCAUUGUACGGCGCCCAAGUGACACCGUGGUGGCAGCUGGCAGCACUGUGGAGCUGGGGUGUGGUGCCCAAGGUGACCCGAUGCCACGGGUACAGUGGCACAAGGAGCGUGGGGACCUCCCCUGGGGCAGGCACGAGGUGGACCAGGAGAACACACUGCGCUUGCACGCCGUGGCACCCACCGACGCCGGCACCUAUGUGUGCACAGCCCAGAGCCAGCUGGGCACCGCUGCUGCCACCGCUCGCCUCCGCGUGGAGGCCUCCCUCUACCCCACAGGACGGCGGGAGGCAGCACCAAGGGACCUUCUGGCCAUGAGGCCUCACCUGGACAACAUCACCAUGCUGCCCACUGCUGCUGUCCAGCUGCGCUGGCAGAUGUUGCCACCAGUGCCAGCACUGGUGAGCUUCAUGGUGCUCUACCGCUGCCUGCUCCCCACCAGCACCUCCUGGGUCCAACAUGAUGCUGGCAAGCUGCUCAGCACCACCAUCCCCCAGCUCCGCAGGGGCCACCAGUACGAGUUCAAGGUCCGACCCUACGCCGGUGGGACCCAAGGCUUGGACAGCAACAGUAGGCACCUCUGGAUACCUGAGGAAGUGCCGAGUGCUGCGCCCCAACGUGUCACCGUGGGCCGGGCUGAGGCAGGGAACGGCACCGUGGUCGUCAGCUGGGAGCCACCUCCUCCUGAGGCCCACAAUGGCAUCAUCCACGGCUACAAGGUGUGGUCAGUGGGCGAGGGCUGGCAGCACCCCACCAACAGGACAGUGGACAGAGACACUCACCGGCUGGAGACUCUGCUCCCCAGCCCUGGCGCCGAGUUCUGCGUCCAGGUGGCAGCCUUCAACAGCGCGGGGCUGGGGGUGCCCAGCAAUGCCACCUGCAGCGUCCUGGGACUGCCGUCUGGGAGCAGCAGCGUGGAGGGGGUGCUGCGGCAGCCUGCAGUCAUCGCGGCCGCCGGCUCGCUGCUCUGGUUGGCCCUGCUCGCCCUCCUCCUCCUCCUCUGCCAGCGCCGAGCCAGCCAGGACGCCGCAGCUCGUCACAGGCUGAUGGCGGGUGACUCACCGUGGCUUGGUGGCCCCUGGAAACCUGGUUGUGCCCCCGGGAACCUCAGCAACAGCAGCAGCCUCAGCAGCCGGCUGCUGGGCAGCGAUGGCCGGGACCCCCACCCCUCCAGUGAGCUCCGGGGCUUGGACCCCCUCCCAGUGCCAUAGGACUCCCAUCCCCCCACCCUGUCCUUGGAGCCAAGUCUGGGUCCUCCAACUCCCCCCACCCGCAGCAGCCUCCGCGGGGGGCACUCCGCACCCCUCGGGGACACAGGGCACCCCGCGGUGCGUGCCUCACCCAGCACCCCCGGCCCGGCACCCUGGGAGCGCCUCCGCAAGCGAGAGCUGCAGCAGGUGCACAGCACCCCCCUACCCACGAGUGGCCCCGGCUGUGGACCCGGCACCGGGAGCGGAGCAGGUGAGUGGGGGCCGGAUCUGGGGCUGGCAGCUGGGUGGCCCCCGAGAAGGGGACCCGAUGGUGACAGCGGCACCGCCGUGGUGGCUGGAGAGGACCGGCGGCGGUUGCCGGUCUUCAGCUCCCCCAAGCCGCAGCGAGGCAGCGUGUCCUUGGCCACCAGUGUCACCACGUCACCACUGACGCCCCCGAGACCACCCCAUGCGUGGCACCCACCGGUGACACGGUCCCCGGCCACUGCUUGCCCCAGGGACACAUCCCCCAUCAUCAGGUGCCCCAAGGACGUGUCCCCAGUCACCAGGAUCCCCAGGGACAGGUCUCCAGCCACCCAGCACACCAAGGACACAUCCCUGGUCACCAGGUGCCCCAGGGACACAUCCCCAGUCCCUGGAAUCCCCAGGGACAUGUCCCCAGCCGCCCAGAACCGUAGGGACACAUCCCUGGUCACUCAGCCCCCCAGGGAGGUGUCCUUGGCCAGCAGGCACCCCAAGGAUGUGUCACCAGUAACUAGGCACCCCAGGGACAUGUCACCAGCCACCAGCCACCACAGGGACACAACCUUAGCCACCAGGCAGCCUGAGGACACAUCCCUGGUGACCAGGCACCCCAAGGACACAUCACCAGUGACCAGACACCAGAGGGACAUAUCACCAGCCAGCAGGCACCCUGAAAACAAGUCCCCAGCCAGUGACCACCUAAGGAACACAUCCCCAGUCACCAGGCUCCCCAAGGAGAAGUCCCCAGACACUGGCCACUGCAGGGACAAGUUCUUGGCCACCAGGCACCCACGGGACACCUUCCUAUCCAGCAGGUACCCUGAGGAUGUGUCACCAGCCACCGGGCAUGCCAAGGACACAUCUCCAACCAUGGGACACCCAAGGGACAUGUCCUCAGCCACCAAGAACCCUGAGGAGAUGUCCCCAGUCCCUGGACACCACAAGGACAAGUUCCUGGGCAUGAACAGGUACCCUGAGAAUAUGUCACCAGUCAUGAGGCACCCCAGGGGCACAUCCCCAGUCAGCAGGUACCCCAAGGAUAGUUCCCUGGGCACCAGGGACCCCAAGGACGUAUUCCUGGCCACCAGGCACCCCAGGAAUCCAUCACUGGUAAGCAGGCACCCAAGGGAUAUGUUCCUGGCCACCAGGUACCCCAAGGACAUGUCCCUGGCCAGCAGACACCCGAGGGACAGGUCCCUGGUCACUGGGCGCAUCUCACCGGCCUUCAGCGACGGAGUCCUCACACCACAGCAGGUGGCCGAGGACCUAGAGAUAGAGCAUGACACCACCUACCCCAGCCCUCCAGCACCCCCCACCCCACGCUCUUUCUCACCGCUGCAUACCUAUGGCUACAUCUACGGACCCCCAGCCUCUGAGCUGGGUGAGGAGGAGGAGGAAGAGGAGGAGGAAGAGCAGCCAGCAACAAGAGGCUCUCCAGAGGGGUCGCUGCUGAACGGGUGGGGGUCUGUCUCAGAGGACAACUUGGCCAGUGCCCGCUGCAGCUUGGUGAGCUCCUGCGACGGUUCCUUCCUGCUGGACGCCAGCUUCGCCCGGGCGCUGGCCGUGGCUGUCGAUGGCCUCUGCCUUGGCCUCGAGGACACCGAUGGUGGCUAUGGGGGCCUCUCACUGCCACCAUCACCCCUGGAGAGGAUCUUCUCGCCUGGGGUCCCCACCUGGGACUGGAGGGCAGCACUGGGGGUCCCACAAAGAGGUGGGACAGAGGCAGCCAUGGGCAACCCACAGCAUGGAGGUCAGGGGACAGGGAGUGGCAGCCCCUGGUCCCAGGCAGGUGGUGAGCUGGGGUCAGAAGGGACAGGAGCAUGGCGGUCCCCAGGGUGUCAGACACGGCGAGGCCGAGAUCCCCCUGGCUCAGCUAAAUUCCAGCUUUAUUAAGUGGUCCCCCAAAAGGGGCUCUGCUAGCAAAAGCCACCCACAAAGGGUAGGUG